AUGCUAUUGUUUCUACUUUGUCUCUAUAACGUGAUGGUACGAGGAGAGGCAAGACUAAGCUCCCAUGAUGUCCAUCACAGUAAGGAGGGAAGCACGAAAAAAGGGAUGGACUAUGGAAAUAGAUCUACGCGGAAUGCCCGUGUUAAGGUGAAGCUUCAUAACCACCAUGACGACAGUCAUAGUAGCAGCAGUCACCAUGGGCAUCGAAAAGCUCGUAGGGGAUAUGGAGGAAGCAUAAGGCCCCAUAACGAGAACCAUGCAAGGAUACUUCGGAAUAUGAUUAGCACUCAUGCGAACAGUCCCGAAAACCUGACGCACGACGAAAAGGAUUUAGCAAACAUGGCAGCACACGGGAAUCUUGAUGCUCUCGAUAUGCUGUAUAAUGAUGGAUCGAUAACCCCGGAUGUUGCCGAGGAUGUAGGAAACUCCAUUCUCUCUAAUUCUACGCCGGCCGUUACAAGCCAGCCUGUUGCUAUGCCAUCGUCCCUAGAUCUUGCUUCUGAAGUACCUCUUGAUGUGACAGCACCGCCGGAUUACUCAAGCCCAGAAGAACCAUAUGUUUCUGGAGGAGUCGCUACUGGAAGAACCAACAAGGAGCAAGCCGAGAUUGAUGCGUUGACCCAGAACGAAACUCCGAUAGAUGAUUUAACGCCAGAGGCUGCAUAUUCUUCACUGAUUUCGGCAGGACAUUCGAUUCCUGUAGCCAAGGGAGUUGCUGACGAGGUUAGAGAUGCCAAUGCUGAGAAAGCACUAAGAAUGAAGAGGGCCAGCGAUAUGUCUCAGCCGCCUCUGAAUCCUGGGUACAUUCCUCAGGUUAAUCUAGCAAAGGCAACGAAUGCCAAGGAUGUUGUUUCUGAUGCUGACAAGGCCAUGCUUCAAAAGAAGGUGUAUGAUGAGUAUGUUGAAAAAGGUUCUCCUGUGGAAAGGGCGGAGUUUGAGGCAUAUCAAGCUGGAUUCAUGAUUGACAAGUACAAUGAGGGUCUAUCGAAGGGAUUGUCGCCCGAGGCUGCAUACGGAAGGGCAGUGAGCUUGACUGAUCUCAAUUAUCAGCAUGCAACUAGAUCUGCAGCAAUUGCUGGUGGAGGGCAUGUUGCAGCACAAAAUGCAGCAGACAGAACCAUGAUUGAGGAGGCGAGUGCGAGGGAGAUGGCUCAAACGCCUUCUGGGCUUAGGCCUAAGGUUUUGGAGAAGAAGCAGGAGGAGAUUAAUGAGAAGAGACUUGAUAGAGCCCAGGACUUGAGCAAAUAUCUAACCCAGAAGCAUAUAACCGAGCCUAUAAUGCGAGCGCUUCAGAAGCUCAACCAGGCAGAAACGUUGAAAGACUUGGCAAGCAUGGAAGGACUGGGUAACCCUGUUGUCCAAGAGAGGAUUCUAACGGAUGUUGCGGCCUCCAGUGCAGAGGACCUUGCAAAGGCCAAGCAGAACCUAGAGAAUUCCAAGGCACAGCUCAGGCCUAGUGGACGUAAGACAAAUGCUCUUAACUUCCUUUCGAAGGUUUCGACGGAGAAAGCCAUUGAGGACAUGAACCGUAAGAACGAGGAGAUGCAGAAUAAGGCUAUACAAGCCCAAAAAGAAGCCAACGAGAGCAAUGCGGUGAAGACAGCUGAGGAGCAUCUUGCAAAGGCGGCAGAGCAGCGGAUUAUUAAGAACGAAGGAAAGAAUGCGUUUACAAGGGUUCUUGAGAACACAGGAGAUGUACUACAGGCAGGAAAGGCACGGGAGGAGGCUGAAAGUGCUGCAGCAGAGGCAUUGAACCAACAGAGAGAGGCGAGGAAAGCCGAGGUGAUGAAGAUACUUGGGCCUAUGGGGAUGAAUGACUCGAUCAAGGAGGCGGUUGACCACAUGGCGACUGCACAUGCAGGGCUUAAUGUUGUAGGAUCUGACCUUGAGGAGCUAAAUAAGAAGUAUGAGGAGGAGAUGGCACACCAGUCAAACAUCGAGGCACUGCUAAAGGAGACGGCCACGUCUAAUCUCGAUGUCAAGGAGGUUAUUCCACCUACAGCCAGUAGAAUUGGGAUCACCGAAGGGAAGAUGAAGCUUCCUUUGAAAGGGUUCAGCAAUGAGGAGCCCAAGUCUGAGGAGGAGGUUAUUGUUCAGAGUAGACAAAAGAACAGAAGAAACCAGGUGAGGAAUAAGGUAAUUGGGACGAAUGUCGAAAGUGGGCUGAAUGUCAUUGAAAUGGAAAAUGGAUUUGUUCAUAUUUCCGAGGCGGCAAAGUCGUUGAAGAUCAACAAAGGAAAGGUCUUCUAUCCCGAAAGUGCAAAAGGGCUGAUGGACAAGCAGAAGCUCGACACCUCACUGCUUGAGCACAAGUACAAUACUGGAGAGAGGCCUGGCCUUGACAAGGGUGUCGGAUAUUAUGAGGCCGAUGCUAGUGGGUUUACCUUACCUCUUCCCUCCCCUCUGGAUCCUGUUCCAACGUCUACGAUGACCAACGGUGAAAAAAGCCUGAACAUUGGGCAGGCAUCUGAGUUGGAGAUUGAAGAUGGGGAGCUUGUGCAGACGCCAUGGAAUGAGUUUGUGAAGGACAUGAGGCCUUCGAUAAAUGGAAGGCUAGCCCAUGAAAGUGAGGUGGCAGCAGCCUCUGAGAUGAAGUCCAGGGUUGAUGACGAGAAGAAGGCAAGGAACCUGGAAGGAAUCACCACAGAGGUCUAUACAAAUCCUGAUGGGAGUAAAUUUGUUGAGGUUUCCUCACCAUACGGGGUUCCUGAGAUUAUGACAAUGGAUGAGGCGGUUGAAAGUCUCAACAAUGUUGGGCCUUCUAGUGUUGGUGCAGUUAGUGAAGAAGUUAAGAAGAAGACACCGGAAGUUCCAUUGGACAUGGCUGGAACAGACUCUAUGAAGGGUUCUGAGGAAAGCUUCAUAAGUAAUGUUCUUUCGAAGGUCCGAGAGGAAGGGAAUGGGAAGGCAGUGGCCAAGAAGAAUGCAUUCAAUGGAAAGGUUGAUGGGGAAAAGGCAGAGAUAGUUGAUGAGUACAACAAGGAGUUGAUCAACGAGUACAUGUCCCCAUCCAACACCGUUGAGUCUCAGGUUAAAAACAACAUGAUAAGUAAGGCUGCAAGCUAUGCCAGGAGUAUGAAUAUUUCCACAGAAACAUUCCUCAACAUGGUUUCGCAGCUCCCGGAGUCGGCAAUCAAGGAGAUGAUAAGUUACAACCAAGCGCCUCCUAGUGCUCGUAAGGACAUUUCUGCAACACAGUUCUAUAAUCAGAUAGCAGGGAUCUUACCUGACAGCAAGAUUGACAUGGGGACCAUGACAGAGAUGAUAUUCAACAACAUAUCAACGGUGACUCAUCAACCCAACACAGUUGGUGGAGAGGUACUAGAGCAAAUGACGGUUCCAAACCUGAAGGCUAUUGAGCAGGUUGAAACCAAGAACACGCCUACAGGAACAACACAAGUCUCUGUAUCCGUACCGAACGAUCCUAACAAGACACAGGUUCUUGGAGAGGUGAAGUUUAAGGGGAAUCCAACACCAACGACAUCUAGUGGAAGGCCAGCUUCUGGUAAGGCAGGAACCUCGAACCAGCCAAGGCAGGGAGCCCCGAAUCAGGCAGGCCAAAGAUCCCCCAACCAGACAGGACAAGGUGGAUCUUCAAACCGGCCAGGUCAAGCAGGAGCAGGAGCAUCGGCUAGCGCAACGCCAGGGCCUGCAGUUCCAAGCAGUCAGCAGAAUCCACUAAAGCCUGGGGUUAAGGCACCAUCGUCCGCCAGCAGCACACCCGUGAGACUUUCGCCUGGACAGCCAGACCAUACAAUGAGAGGAUUCUCUCAUUCAUUCCCUGGCAAUAAAAACGCAUCAGGAAUUGGGACUGCCCAGCCAGCAGCAGGGUUCGUAGGAAAGGUGUCUCGUUAA